UAUAUAUUGAUGCAGUAACAAAUGUUUCUGCAGCGUAAAGAGAUGGUGAACGAUCUGGACGGUCCGUUCAGGAAGACCUUCAGCCCUGAGAACCUGUCCGCGUUCAGCUGGGAUAAGACUACUUCCUGGGCCGAGGAGAAGGCCCCCCUGACUGUGGCCUGUCUCAGGUCCAUGUUCCCCCCCGCCAAGAAGAUCCAGAAACAGAUCGUGAACUACAGCCCAGGGAACAAACCCCGGCGGAUGUCGGACGAGGAGGCGAAGCAGAUGCUGGACCGGAGGAUCGGCCUCCUGCUCUCGGUGCCGCUGUACACCAGCACCCUCAGGGCCUGCUUCCUCCAGACGCCUUCAGCGUGGAGAUGCUUCCAAAACCACCGCCAUGGUCCACGCCAAGAAGCUCGCCGGGAGCACGGCAGGCAGGUGAAGCAGUGGAGGGACGAGAUCCAGAUGACGAGAAAGACGCAGUACUGCAGCGUCGACUCCGGGAAGGCGGCGGCUUACACCUUCACCUGGGGGAACGUUCGGGUGCCGUCCGUGUCCCGGUCCGACUCGGCGGAACGAGGCUACGGCUUCGCGACGUGGGCGUUUCGCUUCGCUCAUCGAGUUCGGAUUAACUUCCGUAACCUGCACGGACCUCCGGCGAAAGCAGCGGACGUGUCUCCGUCCAGCAUCCUGCCGUCCAAACAGACGUACGAGUCGCUGCGGCGGCGAAUGAAAACCUUAGUGAUGCGAAUCAUCGCCGACAGCCUGACGGCCCUGAAGGGCCCCAGAGGACGAGUGGCGAGACACAUUCCUCACGUCUACUCCGAGCUGAUGAAGGCGCCGAGCACCACGGUGAGUCUGGGUGCAGCGAUCCCAAACUCCACGGAGGAGUCUGUCGGCGCCGCCUACGGCCUGACAGACUACAUCCCCGUGGUCUCCGGGAAGCCGUACCACAUCCUGUACUGCGGGGACGUCCUCAGCCCGGACGGGACCGAGCGCCGCGAAGAUCCCGACCCGAAGCCCGACCUGAAGUUUGAUGGACUCGUAGAAGCACCGCAGGAGUUUCAGAAGGAACACCUGUUCCACGAGGACAUGAUGAAGAUGCUUCUCAGCGAGAAAAGUGAGAACGCUCGAGGAACCCUUCAUCACAUCACCUCCCUGUUUCACUUCAAGACGUUCAACAGCACCGCCAAAGACUACUUCCUCAACAUCUGGGACUUCAUUACGUUUGUGACGACGGCGUACGUGACUCUGUUCGCUGUGACGGACUGCGGUCUGGACUCUGUGGACCAGAGACCCUCAGAUUACCCCUCUCAGGUCUCCGCUCAGAUGGACUGGCUAAGCGGGCUGGCUCACAGACUGCUGGAUCUGGUGUGGAUGCCUCCAUCUCAGGAGGACAUCAACGCCGCCGCCGCCGCUGCAGGUCGCUGCGACGGAGAGAAGAAAAUAUCCCCCUUCUGUUACUGUAAAGAAGAGAAAGCAGGUGAGCAGCUGGUUCGGUGCUGCAGUAAUCUGUGUCCAGGGAUCUGGUUCCAUGAGAGCUGUGCUCGAGCUCAGACCCUCUCUGACCCGCAUGAGGACUGGUUCUGCGGUCCGGGUUGCAGCGCAGACGGGACCUACGUGUACUGUCACUGUAAGGAGCGGAGGGGGGGGCAGAUGGUCCAGUGCGGCCGGACGGACAAGUGCAGGAGACACGAGUGGUACCACCGAGACUGUCUGACCGCGGCCCAGCGGAGCGGCGCCGAGCAGACUCCGUGGUUCUGCUCAGAGUCCUGCUCCAUGGCGGAGGACGGCGAGGACUUCCUGUUUAACUACACGAGGGCGGUGGUGUGGGAGGGGCUCUACCACAUGGCCAGGCGGGACGCCAUCCAGGAGGGGGACGGAGACGCCAUGGCGGACUUCUGGAGGAUGGACCUGGUUCUGCUGUGGAACAGAGAACACCUGCAGCUCUUCAACAGCAGCCACCACAUGAUCACAGGGAUGGAGGGGUUCUACCCGGAGCGCGUCAGGCAGGACCUGAAGUGGAACCGAGUGUUGAACCUUCAGGGAACAUCUGGAGGGAACAUCAGCCCGGACCUGCUCACAGAGCUGCUGAUCAGCGAGUCCAAAGGUGGGAUCGAGUUCGGUAAAGGCAGCUUCACGAAGCAGCAGGUGGAGCAGAGCGCCCAGCUGGCCGGCGCUCAGGCCAAAGACCUGGACCGGAUCUUCUUCACUCGGGGAAACCCUCUGAACCUGUCCGCGUACCUGUCGCGCCUCACGUCCUCGUCCCGCGGGAGGACGGCGGACGUGUCCAAGUUCGUGGAGGAGUUUAAGAAGGACGAGCUGUUCGACUUCAAACCGGGAAGAAGACACCAGGGCUUCAACAAGUUCAGCUACCAGCAGAGAGUCAGGACCCCCAAGAGGAUGGGGAGGAGCCUGAGGGCCCUGUCUGAGGAGCUGGACCGCCGGAGAGACCAGAUCCUCUGAGAGCGACGAGUCACGUGACAUCAGCGAUGCCACUUCUGUAGAUGAACUAACG